AGGCGGAAGCCCGGCUCUGGUCUGAACCCAGCCAGAGCGCUCCAGGCACUUGUGUCCUCGGUGGGUGCUGAUCGGCCCGCUGCCACCCCCGCGCCGCGGGACCGGGAGACCCGAUGGGGAAAUCCUGGAAGCAGCCUGUGCGGAGAAGAAAAAGUCCACUCAGAAUGUAAAAUGGGCCACGGCGAAUUAAAAAGGCGGGUAUGCAGACAUCUCACAUUAUGCUUCUCACGAGCAUAAAAGAGUGGAAAUGGUUGGAGCAUCUCUUGGCCUCUUAGAGAGGCGGAACAUUUUAGAGCCGCCGGUCUAGCUCAUGGGCUUUGAGGUCAGACCUGAAUUUAAAUCCAGUUUCUUGUCAGGGUCGCCGGACGCGAGCAUGGCUCUGAGCAACGGCAGCGGCAGCGAGUGUGCGGCGCUGAGCCCCGGCGGCGUGGCGGCCGGGCCGCCCCACCCCGGCCACCUCCCCGCCUGCGACGGAGACCCCGCAGCGCAGCAGCUCACCCCGAAAGAGGCACCGAGAGCGAAAGCGAGCCCCAACGGCUGCCUGCCGGCGAACGGCACGGUCAGGUCCUCCUUCCUGCCGGCCGACAGUCCCCGAGCCACGCCGCUGGUGUCCCCCGGCUGCCCGCCCUGCCCGUACCACCACGCGCUGACGAGCCAUAGCGGCCACCACGAGGGCGCCCCCGAGGCCGGCUCCGCGUCGCCCGCGGCCCUGGCCGCCUGCUGCCUGCAGCAGCCCUCGGAGUACACCGUGGCGCUCUGUCCCCACCACGCCCCUGUCUAUCAGGCCGCGUGCUGCCUCCAGCCCUCGCCCUCCUUCUGCCUGCAUCACCCGUGGCCCGACCACUUCCAGCACCAGCCGGCGCCGCGGCACCUGGCCAGCAUCCGACCAUCCAGACCUUUCAAGUUACCAAAAAGUUACGCAGCCCUGAUCGCCGACUGGCCCGUGGUGGUCCUGGGCAUGUGCACGGUGCUCAUCGUGGUCUGCGCCUUGGUCGGAGUGCUGGUGCCAGAGCUGCCUGACUUCUCCGACCCACUGCUGGGUUUUGAACCAAGAGGGACUACAAUAGGCCAGAGACUGGUCACGUGGAAUAACAUGGUGAAAAAUACCGGAUACAAAGCAACACUAGCCAAUUACCCCUUUAAAUAUGCAGAUGAGCAAGCCAAAAGCCAUCGGGAUGAUAGGUGGUCAGAUGAUCAUUAUGAAAGAGAAAAAAGAGAAGUUGACUGGAACUUCCACAGAGACAGCUUUUUCUGCGACGUUCCAAGUGACCGAUAUUCCAGAGUAGUAUUCACUUCAGCCAGAGGAGAGACAUUAUGGAAUUUACCAGCAAUUAAAUCGAUGUGCAAUGUAGAUAAUUCAAGGAUCAGGUCCCACCCCCAGUUCAGCGACCUCUGCCAGAGGACCACGGCCGCCUCCUGCUGCCCCAGCUGGACACUGGGCAACUACAUCGCCAUUCUAAACAACCGGUCAUCCUGCCAGAAAAUCGUCGAGCGGGAUGUGUCCCACACCUUGAAGCUGCUCCGAACCUGUGCCAAACACUACCAGAACGGCACCCUGGGGCCCGACUGCUGGGACGCCGCGGCCAGGAGGAAAGACCAGCUCAAGUGCACCCACGUGCCCCGGAAGUGUACCAAGUACAACGCCGUGUACCAGAUCCUCCAUUACCUGGUGGACAAAGACUUCAUGACGCCAAAGUCGGGCGACUACGCCGCGCCCUCCCUGAAGUACAGCAUGCUCUUCUCGCCCACCGAGAAGGGGGAGAGCAUGAUGAACAUUUACCUGGACAACUUCGAGAACUGGAACUCAUCGGACGGCGUCACCACCGUCACCGGCAUCGAGUUCGGCAUCAAGCACAGCCUGUUCCAGGACUACCUCCUGAUGGAUACCGUGUAUCCGGCCAUAGCCAUUCUGAUUGUCCUGUUCGUCAUGUGCGUCUACACCAAGUCCAUGUUCAUCACGCUGAUGACAAUGUUCGCCAUCAUCAGUUCCUUGAUUGUGUCGUAUUUCCUCUAUCGCGUAGUCUUUAACUUUGAGUUUUUCCCCUUUAUGAACCUCACCGCGCUCAUUAUUUUGGUCGGCAUCGGGGCAGACGACGCCUUUGUCCUGUGCGACGUUUGGAACUACACCAAGUUUGACAAGCCGCACGCCGAGACUUCGGAAACGGUGAGCAUCACCUUGCAGCACGCGGCCCUGUCCAUGUUCGUCACCAGCUUCACCACCGCAGCCGCCUUCUACGCGAACUACGUUAGCAACAUCACGGCCAUCAGGUGCUUCGGCGUGUACGCGGGGACCGCCAUCCUGGUCAAUUACGUCCUGAUGGUCACGUGGCUCCCGGCCGUGGUGGUGCUGCACGAGCGGUACCUCCUCAACAUAUUCACUUGCUUCAAGAAGCCCCAGCAGCAGAUCUACGACAACAAGAGCUGCUGGACCGCGGCCUGCCAGAAGUGCCACAAAGUCCUCUUCGCCAUUUCAGAAGCCUCUCGGAUCUUCUUCGAAAAAGUGCUGCCUUGCAUCGUCAUUAAGUUCCGCUACCUUUGGCUGUUCUGGUUCCUCGCCCUGACGGUGGGCGGGGCCUACAUCGUGUGCGUCAAUCCAAAGAUGAAACUGCCCUCCUUGGAGCUGUCCGAGUUCCAGGUCUUCAGGCCCUCGCACCCCUUCGAGCGCUACGAUGCCGAGUACAAAAAGCUCUUCAUGUUUGAGCGCGUGCACCACGGAGAGGAGCUCCACAUGCCCAUCACCGUGAUCUGGGGGGUGUCCCCAGAGGACAAUGGCGACCCCCUGAACCCUAAGAGUAAAGGGAAGCUGGCCUUAGAUAGCAGUUUCAACAUCGCGAGCCCGGCCUCCCAGGUCUGGAUUCUGCACUUCUGCCAAAAACUGAGAAACCAGACAUUCUUUUACCAGACCGAUGAGCAGGACUUCACCAGCUGCUUCAUUGAGACCUUCAAGCGCUGGAUGGAAAACCAGGACUGUGAUGAGCCGGCCCUGUACCCGUGCUGCAGCCGCUGGAGCUUCCCCUAUAAGCAGGAGAUUUUUGAGCUGUGCAUCAAGAGAGCCAUCAUGGAGCUGGAGAGAAGCACGGGAUACCACCUGGACAGCAAGACCCCAGGGCCGAGGUUCGACAUCAAUGAUACCAUCAGGGCGGUAGUCCUAGAGUUCCAAAGUACCUACCUCUUCACGCUGGCCUAUGAGAAGAUGCACCAGUUUUAUAAAGAGGUGGACGCCUGGAUUUCCAGCGAGCUGAGUUCUGCCCCCGAGGGCCUCAGCCACGGCUGGUUCGUCAGCAACCUGGAGUUCUAUGACCUCCAGGACAGCCUCUCCGACGGCACCCUCAUCGCCAUGGGGCUGUCCGUGGCCGUGGCCUUCAGCGUGAUGCUGCUCACCACGUGGAACAUCGUCAUUAGCCUGUACGCCAUCCUUUCCAUAGCCGGCACUAUAUUUGUCACGGUUGGUUCCCUUGUCCUGCUGGGCUGGGAGCUCAACGUUUUGGAGUCCGUCACCAUUUCCGUCGCGGUCGGCCUGUCCGUGGACUUCGCCGUCCACUAUGGGGUGGCUUACCGCUUGGCCCCGGACGCCGACCGGGAAGGGAAGGUGGUCUUCUCCCUGAGCCGCAUGGGCUCCGCCAUCGCCAUGGCUGCCCUGACCACUUUUGUGGCGGGCGCCAUGAUGAUGCCCUCCACGGUCCUGGCCUACACCCAGCUGGGCACCUUCAUGAUGCUCAUCAUGUGCAUCAGCUGGGCCUUCGCCACCUUCUUCUUCCAGUGCAUGUGCCGGUGCCUUGGGCCACAGGGAACCUGCGGUCAGAUCCCUCUACCUAAAAAACUCCAGUGCAGUGCCUUCUCCCAUGCCUUGUCCGCAAGUCCUGGCGACAAGGGACAAAGCAAAACACAUACGCUAAACGCUUAUCACUUAGAUCCCAGGGGCCAGAAGUCUGACGUGGAGCAUGAGUUUUAUGAGUUAGAGCCCCUGGCGUCCCACAGCUGCCCUGCCUCUGAGAAGACCUCUUACGAAGAGGCCCACACCUGCGCUGAAUUCCUCACCAGCCAGGCGAAGCUCGCAGCGGCCCCCGCGCACCCGGCUUACGGCAGCGACCCCAGCAAAAGCACCAGAAGCGACCCGGGCUCCGCCUUGGCGCAUCCCUCUCUGGAACAGCACACCGUGCGGCACCUCUUCUCCGUGAACCAGAGGUGUAGCUGCCCGCAUGGCUACAAACAUUUGAAAUACUGCCCACCCGCUUGCCAGCAGAUGAGUGACUGCGCGUGCCACCCGUGCGCCGGCAGCUUCAUGCACGUCCAGAACGGCGUGGCCCCGCCGAAGGUGGCCCAGGCGGCCCCCGAGGGCUUCGUGCUUCCCCUCCCGCACAUCCACCACUGCCCCUGCCUGCAGGGCCGAGGGAAAGCGCCCGUACUACAGGGCGCCCUCCCUCGGAGCUUCUUCCUCCCCCCCGCGCCACAUGGGCAGGCCCAGGACCAGCCGGGCAAGCCCGGCGUGCGCGGCCCACAGAGCGGCGAAGAGCGCCCCCCGAAGGCGGCGGAGCCAUCCGCCUCCGCCUGCAGAAGCACGGGGUCCGUCCGGAGAGCGUGCUGUGACUCUGAGAAGAACCACAGGGGACCCGGCCCAAACAGAGACAGCGGGAGUGCGGCAGGCAGCGCGAGUGCAGCGGGCAGCGGAGGGGAUGAGGUCAAGGACUGCAGUCCAGCGCCCCCUACCGGGGGCGCAGAGAGCGGGGCCGAGCCGAGCUCCUCGCGGGCUGAGAACGUCCUUGUGAACUCAGAACGUUUAAAUCAGAAGGAACCAAAAUUUAUAUUGAACCGCUUCGUGGGGGAGGCUGGUCACGGGUCCUGCCCAAACAACCCACGAAGCUGCGGCAGAGCCGUGAGAGUGAGGUGCGGUUCUGCGGGCUGCCCGACGCCACUCUUGGAAGCCGAUGUGCCUGCUGCAUUAACACACUCGGAACUUUCUGGUGAAAGUUUGUUAAUAAAAACACUUUAA